UACCAUGUAGUGGGACAAAACCAUUUUAGGACUUCUACCCCUCCGUUUGCUUUCUUUUUCCCAUGUCAAGUGGUAUAGUUCAUUCUGCAAACAGCCAAGCCUCUCUCUCUCUCUCUCUGGGACAUCCAUGGCAACCUCGAAUCUCCUGAGACUCGUAGCACUUUGCAUCCUCCUCCUGUGGGCCUCAGGUAGUGCCGGAGCUCAGGCCGACGUGUUCGAUUGGCAGUCGGCGAUGUCAAUGUACGAGUUCGGCGGCGAGGAAGGUCUCUCGGACGGCGACCCAACCGAGCGAAGGUCUCUAUUCUGGCACAAACUGCGGUUCUACAUUUCCUACGGCGCCCUGUCCGCCAAUCGGAUCCCAUGCCCGCCUCGCUCCGGCCGCUCCUACUACACCCACAAUUGCUUCAAGGCCCGAGGCCCCGUCCAUCCCUACACUAGAGGAUGCUCCGCCAUCACCCGCUGCCGGAAAUGAAAAGCAAACCGCUACCUGGGUUAGCGACUCUUUUAUGUUUUCUCUAUGUAUUAGUUGUGGUUUUUGUUUGUACGCGUGUAACGUGUUGUGGUUUGUUCUAGCUGGCACCUUAAGUUUGUUUUUCCCUUUUUCAGAUUAUAGGAUUGUGAUUUGAUUUGGUUGUCGAGGAGAGAAGAGGAGCAUUAAGGGCCCUAUUCUAUGCUUUGAUCUGUAGCUAGAGGGUAUGCUCAUAUGAAUACAUAAUGUUGUCUUGUGUUACA